UGGCUGAGAUUGUCAAUUGGCUCGCCGUGCCGUGCAUUGUUUCUUUGCUCGUGAACACAAUGUAAUCUAAUCUUUGAUUUGAUUUACACUUUGAUUAUCCGAGUGAGUUUGUCCGGCUGCUAGUUUUCAUUGUACUGUCUGUAUGCAGACGUCCUUGUGUGCGGAGCCCAAUGGAGCUGGAGGGUCAGUGGUGGAAAGGAGAACUUGCAGAGGACAUCUAUCAGGCCCUGCGUUACAAAGAGCUGCGGUUGCCUGCGUACAAAGGCCAGUCCCCACAGCUGAGCCUUAGACGAUAUUUUGCAGACCUUAUCGCUAUAGUCAGCAAUCGCUUCAAGCUGUGUCCGGCGGCCAGACACUUGGCUGUUUAUCUGCUGGACCUGUUCAUGGACCGCUAUGACAUCUCGGUACAGCAGCUUCACAUGGUCGCGCUGUCCUGCUUGCUUUUGGCCAGUAAGUUUGAGGAGAGAGAAGACCGCGUCCCGAAGCUGGAGACCCUGAACAGUCUGGGCUGCAUGAGCUCUAUGAACCUGGUUCUGACCAAACAGGGUCUCCUGCACAUGGAGCUGCUGCUCCUCGAGACGUUUCAGUGGAACUUGUACCUCCCCACCGCUGCUCACUUCAUCGAGUACUACCUGCCGGUCGCCGUGAACGAGAUGGACCUGCAUGACGGCUGGCCGAUGGUAUGCAUGGAGAAGACCAUGCUAUACAUGUCCAAAUAUGCUGACUACUUCCUAGAGGUCUCUUUACAAGACCAUGCAUUUCUGCGAUUCGUCCCGUCCCUGGUUGCUGCAGCGUGUGUUGCCGCCUCCAGGGUUAUCUUGCGUCUGUCUCCGACCUGGCCUCCGCGCCUGCAGCGUCUGUCAGCGUACACCUGGGAGCAGCUGCUGCCCUGCGUAGAGAGACUUCUAAUUACUCAUGACAGUGACGUAAAGGAAGCAAACAAGCAGAAAUGCCCUCAGCCGAGUGCUCAGCCUGGACAGAUGAUGUAUCCCGUCCAAGGUCAGAGUGUGUCCUUGCAUCAGUACAUGCAGCGGCCAAACACGCAAUACAUGCAGCAGAACUGCCAGCCAGUGGUAGUGUCUUCUCAAGGUCCUGCGACAUAUCUGACACAUACGGCGCCAAUGCAGGUCUCCACGGCCCCUCUGCACGGCCUCACACAGACACAGAGCAUGGAUGCCAAGGUGAACAUGCCCAGCAGGGCUUACCAGGUGAACUCACUGUACCCCUGCGCUGCUCCCUGCUUCGACAGGUGAUGAAACCGCACAGGAAAGCAUCGGACCGUUUACACUGCACAGGGGAGAGUUUGUAUUCAUAAAGCAAGCACACUGCUCUUAACUGUUACUUGAAUCGAAACACGUCAGCUGCUGAAUUCCAGAUCCUUUUUAAUUGACGUGAUCAGGGUGAAAGCUAGAUGAUUUAAAUCACUGUAAUGUUCGUGAGGUGUGGCAUAAUGUGAAAUGUGCAAUAUUCUAAUGUUGUCGUGCAUUACUCGCUGAAUACUGCCUUGUGGUGUUUCAUUUGUUAAGUUUACUUAAGUAUUACUAUUAUUAUUUAUGGCCAUCUUUCAUAAAUGAAGACAUCAUGGGAUUUCAUAUCAACGUUGUAUAAAAAAUUAAGGUGUUUUUUACUAACACAAGCAAGUGAUAUUUUGCUCUACCUCAUUGAAUGCAGUGUUGUCUCGUAACCUUACAAAUGCACUUUGGUACAGUGUUGUGUGUUUUUGUUUGUUUUUCCUUUUUUUAAUAAAAAUCCAACAUUUCUGUUGUAGCAAGUUUUGGUUUUGGGUGUUGAAAUUUUACACUUAGGUUUGUAGCCACUAGAACAUGUUCACGAUUAAAACUAACCCUUCUCAGAUUCACAAACAUUCACGUAUUGAAACUGUAUUAGUUAAAACUAAACAAUCUCGUUCACUGUAUUAUUAUUAUUAUUAUUUAUUAUUUUUUUUUUUA